AUGCCUGAACAACUUUGUGGCAUUGGAGAGGAUCCAGAUGGCCGUCGUAUGUGUUUCGUGUGGUAUUUCGUCCAGCCAAACAAGACUUUCAUGCUCGCUGUGUACGGAUUUGGCGACCCAAUUUGCCAUCAGACGGACUAUCGAUCCCAGCAUGUUUCAGUGUCCUGUGUUCAUCGUCAGAUCCCGUCGCUUGUCGGUCAUGAGCUGCGUGCUUUGAUGGACUAA